CUCUCUCUUUCUCUCUCUCUCUCUCUCUCUCUCUCUCUCUCCCUCUCCUCCUCCUCCUCCUCCUUUUGAUGGGGGGAGCAGCGGUGAAGUCACAGUGAUGUCAUUUUAGGAUGUGAGUGUCGGGGGGCAAGGUGAGCUGGUUUUGCGGUGAGUGGUGUGUCCCCUCCACGACCAGCGUUGCCUGUCCAGAGGCGCGGAGCGGCGAAAGAUGAUCAUCGCCACCGGCACCAAUUCAAGCUCCGACGCGCUCUGUCCCUCUCCUCCUACUCAGAUCUCGGGCUAUGGGGCCCUGAUCUGCCUUGAUCCCAAAACAAGCCUUUACCACCACCAUGCCAAAGGACAAAAAAUAAGAAGAGUUGCAUUUUUAGGGCAGGUAACUUUGACCACGUGCCCCGAAGGUAAACUGGAUGGCCGUUGCGCAGAGGUGCCUCUACAGUAUGUCCAACGGGGCCAGGACGCACUGGACGCUGGCAGCACUUCUUGUACUGUGGACUUCUCUCUGGGGGAUCGUUUCAUCUUAUCCGAUUCCGAGCAGGACUAAUGCGACUUUGUUGGAGAAGAAGUGGGAGACGCUCUUCUCCCGCUCCUAUCUGGGUAUAAACGGGGGGAAAUCGGAGCUGAACUGGGAGAGUGACUAUUUGCAGGGCAUCAAAAGAGUGCGGCGACUGUACUGCAACGUGGGCAUUGGGUUUCACCUGCAGGUGCUCCCGGAUGGCAGGAUAAGCGGUGCACACAAUGAGAACCAAUACAGUCUGAUAGAGAUCUCCGCCGUGGACCGAGGAGUGAUCAGCAUGUUCGGGGUGAGGAGUGAGCUGUUUGUCGCAAUGAACAGCAGGGGAAGGUUAUACGGAACGAGAGUCUUCGUGGAUGAGUGCAAGUUCAAGGAGACUUUGCUGCCCAACAACUACAACGCCUAUGAGUCUUUUGUUUACAAGGGCUUCUACAUCGCCCUCAGCAAGCAUGGCCGCGUAAAGAGAGGCAACAAGGCCACCACCGCCAUGACCGUCACACACUUCCUCCCGCGACUAUGAGAGAAACUGGCAAUAACUCAGUAAUUUGCACAUGUGGAUGUUCUUCCAGGUAACACAGAAAUGCAUAGUCGUGAUACACACACACACACCGAAGGACUGCGAGAGAAAACACAAAUAUUUAUUCUGUUUAUAUAUAUAUGUAUAUUUGGAUAGCUAUCUUUGUAUAUGUACUGUGCUGCUUAUUGUUUUUAUGGACGGGGAGAGUUGAAGCCUUUGCCUGUCUCACUUUACCUUGGUGCUUGCUGUAACUGAACUACGUGUCACUUCCUUUUUUGAGAUGGAGGAUGAGCUAUAUCCUGUGCUUUUAAAGAGUGAAAUGAAUACUUUUUAUUACCUCAAAGAACCACUUUACUAGAUUAAGGGAUGCAUGGACUUCUGCUCAAAUAUCUGCUAAGUUUAUGAUUUUCUUUUGAAACCUUUUGAGCGCUUGAUGGCUCCCUGCUCGAUUAUCGAUGUCCGGCAGUGGGGGAAACUUAAAUGCACUACCUUUGCUGCACGAUUUAAAGGUGCCUUGGUGUUCCCACUUGUGGCCCCCUUAAACUUGCAUGUAAGAGACACCCGCCGGAGUCAGAAAUAGGGCUGACACUCCGGAGAGGGCCUCAGAGGGGGGGGGGGGGGGGACUAUCUCUGGUUUAUUUUUUUUUCUGUAAUUAGAUCGAUUAAGUAAUAUACAAUCUGUGGUUGAGACCAGAGAGCAGUCGGCCAUAGAGAGUGGCACAAGGCCAUAAGUAUGACUGUGCCAGCUAAUAAACAGGGUGGAAUACAUAUCUAUCCGAGCAUGGGGGGAAUUUUUGUUUGGACCUAGCUUGCACAAGAAUCGACUGAAGGGAUAGAUUGCGAGUGCACAGUAGAAACCUGCUCAUUGUCUUGGACGGAGCUCCUACAGUAAGGCGGGUUGCUGUGUGUGCAAAGCUUUAGCUGCUGUUGAAAAUGAUGUCUACUGUCCAUUAAAACCAAUGAAAAACACUGUAAAUAGUUGCAAAUGUAAAAAGAAGACUUCAGGAGCUUUUUACGCUGCUUCGUCGCAGUUGCCUGAACGAGGCAAAAAGAGUUCGGGUUGCACAGUUAGCCAUCCAUGAUGGCGCCUGAAUGCUUUGGUACAAAUCGUUCCCACGCCUUUUGUUUCUUUUAAUUUGUCUUUGUGUGAUUGGUGGAGUAUGUGCGCGCCCUGGGCCAUUUCCCCCCCCAUUUGUGUGUGUGCUCUGCAGCAGCACUGCAGUGGCAGCGAGGUGUUGGGAGCUGGAGGCAGAUAGUUUUAAUGCAAUUAUGGAGGAGUCAAUCACGUUCUCCCGAAGGACUCAAGGACAGUGCAGCUGGUUGACUGCAUGCACGCUAUAAGAAAUAUCACUUGAUUUUUUUAAGCUUCAUUUUAUGAAUUUGGAGGGUAAACAGGGCUUAGAAGCACUUUUUUAAUAUAAUAAGCUGAGCAUCUACCAUGCUUUGUACACUCAUUACUAUCAUGUUGAUCCAUAUAAGGCAUGGGACAAUAUGAACAUUUCAUGUCGUGGUCAUCCUGCCCAAAAUAAUUUCAGUAUCAUCCCGAUAAUGCUUAAAACUCCUAAAAUAGCACUAAAACAUGCUGGAACCACUUUACCUUACAUUUAAAGGAACAAAUAUUUUUUACUGCAUCACUGACAGGACUUGCAUCUUUUUUUUAGUCAACAUUCAUUUAAGAAAAAACAAACAAUCUAAAAAAGUUUAAAAUCAAAUCAUCAAAUCUGUUGAUAUGAAAUACACCAAUGCUUGUUUAAGAUCUUCUGCAUUCUUUGAGUUUGGUGCAUAUGCUGUCUGUUUUUGUAGAGUCAUUGGGUGUCCAGCAGUCUGUCUGUGUACUGGUGGACAUGAUACUCACAAUUAUCUCAAUAAUGAAAAUUCACCAUGAUCAACUUAUCGUGAUCCACAUUGUGAAAAAACAAACAAACAACAACUUAAAAGAAAACAAACGGGCAAAUGGCCUGCAAACAAAAACCAUAGAAUUAAAGUAAAAUAUCCUAAUUUUUAAAAAAGUCAUCCUGAGAAAAUCUCAUUUUACAGUUUUUCGCUAAAUUAUUAUGAUCAAACACCUUUAAUGAAAUGAUAGCACUAAAAAAGAAAAAAUGUAAUUUUACUAAUUUUUCCUGAAUUAUUUAUGAUAAAAUACCCUCAAUAAAGUGAAAAAAACAGGCAAAUGACAUGCAGCUGCCAAACAAAAACUGUAAUAUUAAAAUUAAAAUUAAAAUAUCCUAAUUCAAAUUAAGUGCAAAAAUGAUAAAGUUAUAGAAAUUUUAAUCAAAGGUUGUCCUGUGAAACACUGUUAUUUUUCCUAAAUUAUUACAAUCACCUUGGUAAUAAAAUGAUGGCACUGAAAGUUUAGCAGAAAAAUACUGUUAUUUUUACAGAUUUUUCCUGAAUAAUUAAGAUAAAACGCCCUAAAUACAGUGAAAAAAUGGAUAAAUGACUUGGAGCACUGACUGCAAAACACAAACCCAAAAUUUCAAAUAAAAUUAAAAUUUAAUUAAAAAUAUUCCAAUUCAAACGAAGUGCAAAAUUUUUAAACUUGCAGAAAUUUAAAUCAAAUGUUGUCCAGAGAAACAAUGUUAUUUGCAGUUUUUUUUUUUCAGUAAAUUAUUAUGAUCAAACACCUUAAAGAAAAUGAUGGCACUAAAAGUUAAACAGAAGAGUUGUUUUACUGAUUUUUCCUGAAUUAUUUUGACAAAAUACCCUCAAUAAAGUGAGAAAAUGGGUAAAUGACUUGCAGCAGCAGCUGCCAAACAAAAACUGUAAAAUUAAAGUAAAAUAUCCUAAUUCAAAUCAAGUGCAAAAAUAAUAAAUAUAUAUAAGAUUUAGCAGAGAAAUAUCAUCUGAUCCUGACAUUAUAGAUCUUGUUAAAUGAUCUGAGGACGUUGUUCUUGCUUCACUUAGUUUCUGAGAAUCUUACAGCGUGCAUCAACCCGUGCAGUGUCUGCAGCUGUUGACUGGAAGACCUGAAUCUCGCUGCCUCCAUGCGUUCUUGUUUAGACAGGAAGCCAAACUAUUUAAAUCCAGGAAAGACGCAUGCGAGGGAGCCGGCCUGCUGUCUUUGUUGUUCGUCAAACGCCCUGCAGGAAUGUGGAUCUGCCAGGAUGACAGGCAGCCUCCCACAUACCUGAGCGGCCCCCCUCCUUUGAGCUCUGUCACCCCUCGCCACCCACCUCCGCUCGUCCCUUACCCCCCUCACCCGCCGCAGGCAGGGACCUUGGGAUUCCAGCUGUAACCCAGGAGCUUCCUCCUCUCCUUUCAGCCUUUUUUAGUUCAAGGUCAGAGUCACAGACCAGCCUUGGCCCCAACCCCAGUGGCCACGGUGGUCGGCUAUAUGGGUCUUACUGUUUCCGUGAAAUAGGAAUUUGAGGUAUCUUUUUCAUGCAGGAAACACUUAAUUUACUGCACACACAGAAUCAAAUUCAGUGAACUGAUGGCUCGAGAGUUGCUCUCCAGCUCAUCUGUACAAACCAUAGAUAGCUCUCGUAGUUCCUCGCUUCACCAUCUGCAGAAUCUUUUCAAAGUACUCCCCGUUCAGGAUUUCUAGAGCCCCACCACUUUAAAAUGCAGCUCCACAACAUGCCGUCCCCGCCCCUUCCCAAGUGCUUGUCUUUGAAUAUUUCUGGGGAGGGGACAUCUGCAGAGUUAAUGCAGUGUGCGAGGAGCCGAGUCACGCAGAGCCUCACCUCUCCUCUCCUGCUGCAGGACGGCAGCCCAGCCAUCCUCAGGACGUGCCCUCUGCUGCUGCUGCUGCUGCUGCUGGGCACUGCCCCGACCCCAAACACCUUUCAUCUCAUACUGACACAGUAUCACCUGCUGCUCAACUGUCUAUGAUGCACAGAUCGAUUCAUAACAGUAUUUUUCUAACAGAUAAAUCUCUUGCUCUUUUUGUUCUGAGGAGUUUUUGCGUGUGUGCGAGUGCCGAGGAUACCGAGAUGCAAAUCUUACCUGGAGCGUAGCUCAAAGUUUCAAAAAACAAAACCGACUUGUUGCUGCUGUAGAUGAGGCUGCAUGAAAUAGCACAGGUGUACAUUUCUCGCCGGGAGUAAAUCAUCAUUUGGUUUUGGCUAAAGUUGCAAAACACACAAAACAGAAACGAUCCACGUUUUCAGCGUUUUCAGCCGAGGAAGAUGUGAAGGAGUGAACUUUGCGCAUGCACAGCAACGAGCACUUCUCUCACCCACCUCACAAUCAAAGAUGUCUGACGUCUGUAACAGCACCUUACUUGAUCAUAAACUACAGUUUUCUCACACGUUUUCUGUCAGAAAAUAGAGCUGGAUCCCUAAAAGAGUGAAGGUCUGUGUCUAAAACAAAAAGCUCACCUUUCAGCUUUGACCAAAAAAUUUUAUCCAGAUUUCUCUGUCGUCUUUUUUUUUUUUCUUUCCACAGCUUAUCAUAGAUCAAAUCUGAAUUAAUUCAAGAGGAGGAAUAUCUUUUUUUAAUGCUUAAUGUACUAUUAGCAUGCCUGGCCCCCUAGCUUAAUAAGGGGUGUGUGCUUUGUGUGUAUUUUCUUUAACUCCUGGUCUAAAAGGGAGUGAGCAUCCACUCUAUUCCUCUCAUCUCUGUUCUCAUAUACCUCACCCUCUGCCUUAGUUUUGGUUUGCUGAUGACUGUAAAUUGAGAUGAAACAAACUGCAGUUAUUUGUUUCUGAAAACAGACGAUGCUAAGUAAGGAUAUUAAAGUUUUUUCUUUUAUUUUUGUACGUAUGUGCUGUGCACAGCAGUCUACUGUAUUCCUGAGAUAACAAUAAAAGUUUUUUUUUUUAA